AUGAAACCAGCUCCAAGUGGUUCCGGAACGAAAAAAAAGCCGUACUAUCUCGCAGAAGCUAUGCAAUUUACUAUUCCAUACAUUAAAACUUUAAGUUCAACUACUGGAAAUGUACCCAAUAUACCAGAAGAGAAUGAAAACCAAGAAUUCAAAGAAAAUGACGACUUACAUGACUCACAACCAUUAUCACCACCUCAACCAUCAACUCCAAACAUUCCAAUAACAUCGGUUACUUCUCAGCCAUAUUAUACACAAUAUGCAAACUCUACUGAAACACAAUCUCAGCCAACAACUCGACCAAAAAACAAACGUGCCAUUUUUAAAAAUGAUGCAGUUGACAAAACUUUUAUUGAAUAUCUAGAAGCCAAAAAAGCGAAAAUUGAUCGUGAUCCCGAUCGCAAUACUAAACAAAAUACAAAAACUGAAGCACUCAAAAUGUUCCUUUUAAGCAUGAUACCAGAUCUAGAAUUAAUGAACGAUGAUCAAAUACGAACAUUUAAACGUACAUGUCUUCAAACAAUUGAUAACAUCUUGUCUCUAAAUUCCUAUAACAAUUAUUCUCCUGUAGCAUCAGUUGACUCACUAGUAUCUCAAGCAACUACACACAGAUCAUAUUCAAUAGAAACACCUCAUACAUCUAGAAGUGUAAGCGACUCAGCUAGUGUUACUCAUAUACCACAAUAUGAAUCUCUAGAAACAUCUGAAAACAGUCAAAUCACUGCUGCAGAUAAGUAUUACAACGUAGUUAAGGAAGCUUUUACAGAGAACUACGAACCAUACAAUACACAUCAAAGCUUACAAUAA